AUUCAUUUUACCAUUUAAGACCAAUCCUAUUUAAGUUAGAAAUAGUAUUUAGAUAUUUUUUUAAUAAUAACAACUUCAUCAUUCCAACUUAAUUAAAAUUAGUUGAAUUCCUUUCUUUUAACUAUUUGUUGGUAAAAUAAAUUAUAUAAUUCUUAAAAAGUUAUCCCUUUAAGAAAAAUGAAUUGAAUUUGAAGACUGAUAUUUAUAAAAGGGGAGAAAAUAUAGAAACAGUAGAGGGAGGUUUUGCCCACAUUUUAAGUGAGAAAAUCUAGUUCAGGAAAAAAAAAAAAAGAAAAAGGAAAAAAGAACGAAGAGAGAAAAUAGAGAGAGAGGGGACAGACAGAUUAACGGAGAGGAUUUUUGAAGUAGAAAUUGGGAAAUUGAGAUUGAAAUUGGAAUUGAAAACCUUCCUCAGCGGCUAAAGAGGGAGGGAUAGGGGGGAAUUCAUAGAGAUAAAAGAAAGAAAUUAGUUUAAUGUUCAAUUUGCCUUUCGAUCGUUUCUUCGGCGAUAUCGGCGGCGAUAGCAGCUGCUAUUGUGGUGAGGCUGAAGGAGCGGCCUAUUGAGGAGUAUUACAAUGCGAUCGAGAUAAUCUAUGAACCAGAGGUCACAUGUUUCAGAUGAGAUGGAUCAGAGUAUUCAGAAGAAUACGGUGAGAACAGGGUGCCACCAGAAACUAUAAAAAGAUUAAUUAGCCAGUACAUGAGUCAAAAGGUUUGUGCAAAAGCAGAAUCUGGAACCUGCAACGUGUGCUUUGCUCCUUGUUCAUCUUGUAUGCAUCUUAGUAUAGCUCAGAUGGGAUCAAAGAGUGAUGAGUUUCCUGAUGAAACUGAUCAUGUUGCUGUUAGAAGUCAGUAUUCUAUCAAUGAGGAUAAAACAGGUGACAGCUUAUACCACAGGCCCAGUGAAGCAAGUAAUUUACUGAGUGUCAAUUCAAGUCAUGAUUCUUACUCUGAAAGUAUAGAAAGUAAAGCAACUGCAAGACCAUCUGAUGUAGCUAAUGUGAUGGUAGAUGCUGGGAUUGAUAGAACCUUCUCAAACAAGUCUGAUGGUUCCAAAGGUGUUGAAAGCCAUGUUGAUAGUAUUUCAUGUCCUGGAAGAGCCAGUGAUGCAAAUAUAGCUUUUAGUUAUUCCAACAAGGAUUUAGACAGUAAGAAUUCAUCACGUAGUGCAACAUCAGUUUGUAGUUUAGGAUCCGGAAAGGCGCCCACAUCUGAGAAGCUAGAAUUGUCAGAACCUGCUUCUGUAAAAGAAGGCAGUAGUUCGCCUAGAAUCCAAACUCCAUAUUCACAUUCUGGAAGCAGCAAGAGUGCUGUUGGAGGCAGUUCUGAGAUUUCUCCCAAAAUCCAUCCGAAGUUAGAAGCAGAUAUUGACGACAAUGGCAGGGACCCACUGGAUGAAACUGGUAAAAAUUUGAAGGAAGAUGAGAUAGAUGAGUUGAAUGAGUUUGUUAAGUUACCUGACAAGCAGGAGUCUCCUUCGCAGACAGCUUCUGUGGAUGAGAGUUAUGAAUCUGAUGCCUCAGAACAUGAUGUUAAAGUAUGCGAUAUCUGUGGGGAUGCAGGACGAGAAGAUUUGCUUGCUAUAUGUAGCAAGUGCACCGAUGGUGCAGAGCACACUUACUGUAUGCGAGAAAUGCUUCAAAAAGUUCCUGAAGGUGAUUGGCUCUGUGAAGAAUGCAAGCUGGGUGAGGAAACUGAAAGCCAAAAGCAAGGUUUGGAUGCUGAAGGGAAAAAGGCAAUUAAACUUAGCUCUAGUACACGUAGCUUAGGUAAGAGACAUGCUGAAAAUCUAGAGGGUGCUUCGGCUCCAAAAAGGCAGGCUAUUCAAACAAAUAUGGGAUCACCAAAAUCAUUGAGCCCCAGCAGACUAUCUGCUUUCUCUCGAGAGGGUUCAUUUAAGAACUUAGACAAGGGUAAAGUAAGGCCAUCUCCGCAAAUUUCUCUUGGCAACCAUUCUGGUAAUGGUAUGCCAGAAGCUGUACGCACUCCCACUUCUGGUCCACGGCUGCAAACAUCUAAGGGGAGCUUAUUGAAAUGCAGUUCAUUCAAUACCUUAAAUUCCAAACCCAAAUUGAAGCUUGUAGAUGAAGUUGUUAUUCAGAAACGGAAAGGUACUAGAGAACAUGCAUCAUUUGAUAGCAAGGAGGAACCUGCUAGAAUCAUGGGCAAAUCAAUGUCAUUUAAAUCUGGGAACUCUGGACGGUUAAAUUCUGGGGAAUCAAAAGUUAAAACAUUAUCAUCUAAAUAUCCUCAUGUUCAAGAUCUAAAGGGAUUAAAGCAAGUUAAAGAGCAGAUAUCAUCAGAAAGGAAAAUUUUCUCAAAAUUAAACCACUCUAGUUCUAAUGUCUCCACACCUAAGGUUGAUCAGAAACUGACACCUCGUGCUGAUGCAAUUUCUCAUUCAUCUGCAAUCAACCACCGAGAAACCAAGGUUGUUCCGUCUGAAGGAAGACCAAAUACUUUAUCAAGAUCAACCAGCAAUCUAGCUCGUAAAGGUGUAGACAAUGCAGUUUCUUCUGCUGUUUCAUCCACCAAUGGGCGCAAUUCUUCGGAACAGAAGGUAAACCCUGUAAGCCUGAAGGAGGAACCCUCAUCAAGUUCUUCACGGGCAUCUGAGAGGCAACCUAGUAACAAUAAUGGAGUCGUGUCAGAUGGCCUAUCUCAGUCAGUAGAUUCAAUAAAUCAGAGUGAGAAAUCAAGGGAGAGUAGUGUUAGUCGAUCCUCUAAAAGAGUUCCAUGUCUAACAUGCAAAGGAAUGGGUCAUACAGCUGAAUAUUGCUCAGUCUGUCAGGCAUCUGGUGCUGAUCAGUCUGCUCCUAGAACUUCUAGAGAAGAGAUAAAUAAAGGCAAUAAGUUGAAAGCUGCAAUUGAGGCAGCUAUGCGUCUGAAGCCUGGAAUAUGUGAAAGAACUUCUCAAGAUCCAUCAUCUGUUUGUGAUAAGGCAAAGAAUGUGAUUUCUGUUGAAAGUACAGAUGAAGGGAAAGCAAAUAUUUGUAAUCAGGCUUCCACUGCUAAUAUCAAGCUGCUUAAUUCACACUCCACUGAUGCUGUCUCUGUAGUUUCUUCUGUUGGCAAUCUUUCAGUGGGAGAUAACUAUGUCCCUCCUCUAGCCACGGUAUCUGCUGUCCCAAAGUUGUCAGCCAUCCCAGAACAUGAAUAUGUCUGGCAAGGGGCUUUUGAUGUGAAUAAACUUGGCAAACCUCCUGAGCUUUGUGGUGGAAUUCAAGCCCAUAUCUCGACCCUUGCAUCACCCAAAGUGCUUGAGGUUGUCAAUUCUUUUCCCCACAAAGUUUCCUUGUACGAAGUACCUCGCUUGAGCACAUGGCCAGCACAGUUUCAUGAUAGUAGUCCUAAGGAAGAUAAUAUUGCUUUGUACUUCUUUGCCAAGGACCUUGAAAGUUAUCAGAACAACUACAAGGUGCUUUUGGAUACCAUGGUCAAGAAUGAUCUUGCCCUCAAAGGAAAUUUUGAAGGUGUUGAGCUUUUGAUAUUCCCAUCCAACCACCUUCCUGAACAUUGCCAGCGGUGGAAUAACUUAUUAUUCCUCUGGGGUGUUUUCAAGGCAAGAAAGGCAAACUGUUCAAAUUCCUCAAAGAGCGUGUGCAAUCCUGAUGCAAGUAUGGUAUGUUUGGAGAAACAGAGAUCUAGUGAUAUUGCUCAGCUGGUAGAUAAUGAAUCGGUCGCAUGUGAUAGUUUCGGCAAUGUAGUUCCAGUAACCACUUCUGUUGAAAAGACAUGUAUCUCAACAGAUAGAGUUGGUGAUACUAAGGUUGCUUCUUUUGAGCAGACAUUUGGGGGAAUAAAAGAAAAAUUGGAGGAGCAAGAUGUCAAAGUUGACACCAAAUUCUUGUCUAGAAUUGCAACAAGCAGCACACAUGUGCAGCCAAAAAUGAAAUGCACUACUACUCUGGAAGAGAGCAAAUUUCCAGAUUCUCAAUCUGACACCGAGCUUAAACCUUGCUUUCUAGUUACUGAAACCAAUAAUGGUUCUUUCAAAGUUGAGAAAGAGGAAAUGCAUAUCGAAGAAGCUAAACCAUCUUUAAAUAAUUGCCCUACUGGAAAACAAGAGGCAGUUGUUGAGGAGAAGAUAGGUGGAGAUCCUGUUAAAAUUAGGGAUUCAAAGGAUGAUGUGUGUGCUGAUGGAAAAACUUCAAUUAGAGAUCUUAACUCGUUGCAAUUGAAUCAUCCCAAAACCCCAUUCUUGGAUCUUACAAAACCAGUUCCCGAAGUUUCUACUGAUACAAGUCAAAAACUGCCGUGGGCUGAGGUGAAGAGAGUCUCUGUAGAUAGAGGAUGUGAUAAUAAAAAGCUGAAGACGGGUUUCAGUGGGAUAUGCCAGUAUACCAGUGCUAGAGAUCAAGUUCCUUUUAGAGAUGAUGGUUUAGCAUCAGAUAGACGUUAUCCGGGUUCUGGCUCUUUGGUUGAAGAGAAGAGGUGUGACAUUGCUUGUGAAGAAAAGAUAAUCCCCGAGGACAUGGGAAGUAGUGAAAGGUUUUUCUUUCCUGUAGAAUCACGUGGUCCAGGGGAAUUUCGGUUAGGGGACAAUUCCAAACCAUGGAAGGAGCUUUCCUUAAAGGACGAGGACCGAGUUCAUGACACCUCUCCUAAUCUUGAACUUGCUUUGGGAGCUGAGACGAGACCACCAAACAAAGGAAUCCUGCCUUUCUUUGUAGGAGCAAUGGAAAAAAAUGACAAUCGGAACACACCUCAAGAUAAGGUAACCAAAAAGCAAGAGGAAGACGAUGUAUCUGCCUCCCUUUCCCUUUCCCUUUCUUUCCCUUUUCCAGAGAUGGAGCAGAAUGUAAAACCUGUUCCUAAACCAGAGCAGCAGUUGCCUGAAAGACAUCCUGUGAAUACAUCGCUGCUACUAUUCCGGGGCUUCCCCGAAAAAUAAGGCUUCUGAUGAGGAGGAUCCUAGGUUGUUAAUGCCAUUACAGUUUCCUACUACAUGAAUGUGGUAAUAAUGUAUACUACUAUGGCCUUGCAUUGGGGUUUGUAGGAAAAUCCACAUUCCCAUCUGUUCAUAACCCAUACAGAACUUAGCAAUUAACUUCUCAUUUGUUUUUUUUUUUUUGUUUUUUUUUUUCGAGUGCAUAGACAUAGUCGCGACUGUUUGUAUAUAAAGAGAAUGAAAGCCGGCUUACUUAGGAAUAUCGACAAGAAAUUUGCAAACCGAUGCUUUUAUCUGUUGAAA